CUCCCACUUUUCUCCUCCUCUUUCGCAGAGUAGCCGAAAAAAAGCCUCUGCUUCUCGAACCCAACCCCUUCAAAACCCAACAAACCAAGCGCCACCGUUUCAUACCCUAACACCUCUACAAUAAAAACCAAACCCAAUAACCACUUGGCAAUCACAACAAUUUUUUUUUUUCAAUAACAACAAAUUAUUUGAGCUCCACAAAAAAAUGUCCGAGACUUUACUAGCUAGCUUGGGAUCCGAUAUCCAACAAUCGGAUCCUUCGCCCGCUUCGACGUCAUCCGGAUCCUCCUCCUCUCUAUUCCAGCGGAAAAUCGAGUUCCACCCGGCGAGGAAGCCAUUCAAGGGCUUUAGUAAUGGUGGCGCCGCCGCCGAUUUCCGGCUCGAGACCCUGAACCCGGGUGGUGGUGGUUCUGAUCAAAGGCGAUCCGGGUCGGGUCAAUUGGGUUCUCAGGGGAAGAGAGGAGAUGGGUCGGAGGUUUUGGAAAAUGGGUUGGAUCCUGAGCUCAGCUUCGGGAUCACUGUGCGGAAAAUUGGUGCUGGUCUGCAAAAUCUUGGAAAUACCUGUUUCCUCAAUUCAGUAUUGCAGUGUCUAACAUACACAGAGCCUUUAGCAGCAUACCUGCAAAGUAGCAAGCAUCAAAAUUCUUGCCAUAUUGCUGGGUUUUGUGUUUUGUGUGCCAUCCAAAAACAUGUCAGCUGUGCUCUUCAGUCAACCGGAAGAAUAUUAGCACCUAACGAUUUUGUCAGGAACUUGCAGUGCAUAUCACGGAAUUUUCGAAAAGCUAGACAGGAAGAUGCUCAUGAGUACAUGGUUAACUUGCUGGAAUCAAUGCAUAAAUGCUGUUUACCUUCUGGAGUGCCUAGUGAAUCCCCUGGUGCUUAUGAGAAGAGUUUGGUACACAAGAUCUUCGGAGGUCGCCUCAGGAGUCAGGUUAAAUGCUUGCAAUGUUCAUAUUGCUCCAAUAAAUUUGAUCCAUUCUUGGAUUUGAGUCUUGAAAUAGUCCAGGCAGAUUCCUUGCAUAAAGCACUUGCGAACUUCACUGCUGCAGAGCAGUUAGAUGGAGGAGAGAGGCAAUACCAGUGCCAACAAUGCAAGCAGAAAGUUAGGGCUCUCAAACAGCUUACUGUGCACAAGGCUCCAUAUGUUCUAGCCAUUCAUUUAAAGCGUUUUCAUUCACAUGAUCCUGGGCAGAAGAUUAAAAAGAAAGUUCAUUUUGGUCCUACAAUAGAUUUGAAACCCUUUGUCAGUGGUUCCUACGAGGGAGAUCUGAAAUAUACUCUUUAUGGGGUUUUGGUUCAUGAUGGUUGGAACACCCAUUAUGGUCAUUAUACUUGCUUUGUUCGCACUUCAAAUGGCUUCUGGUACUAUCUCAAUGACAAUCAGGUUUCCCCAGCCAGUGAGAGGAGAGUUUUAGAACAGCAAGCUUACAUGUUGUUUUAUGUUCGUGAUAGAAGAAAUAUUGUUCCCAGGAAACCCCCCACUGAUGUUGCUCAGAAGGAGAAUUUGAAAGCAAAUGCUAAUGGAAACAGGACAUCUUCCGCUUUCAACCACGUGUUAAAGGAGGCAGUUCAAAAUGCUCCAGUUGAGAAACGGUUAAGUAGUGCAACCCCUGCUGCUGUUACUCGAAAAGAUGCAUUGAAUGUUGUUCCUUCAACAGUACCCAUUAUGAAGGAAGUAUCACUUCAGAAAGAUAAUUGCUUGAUAAAGACAGAAUGCAUGGUGCUGAAAAAGGAUUCUGUAUCAGAAAAUUUCCCAAAGGUGCCAUUAUCAAACAACCCACCAGAAGGGCUUCCUGUUAGUAAGCCAAAAUCAAUAGAAGCCCUAUCGCAGCCAGCUCCAUCUUGUAAUGGUGAUGUUCCCAAUUUUGAAAAUACACCUAAGGGCAAAAUUAAUGAUUACAAUGAGAAAGGAAAAUCAAAGAAAGACUCCAGUGUCUCAGUGGCAACAUCACCUAACUUCAAUGAUGUCCAAAGCUCCUCUACUGCUAAAAGUGUCACAGAUGAGACCUCGCAGAAAAUUAAUCUUGUUUCACAUAUUGUUCCAUCAGAAGAUCUGAAUGACAAAACAUUGAAGGAAAUGGACCCAGUUGGACAUACACCCAAUGGAAGCGCUGUUGGUACUUCACUGGUUGAGGCUGCUGGUGGUAGGGUUCAAAAAGUUGAACUUGAUGAAUCAGUUAAAUUAUCUAGCUUAUCAAUUGAGACAAAUGGAUUGCACACAGAAGCUCAUAAUUGCAAGCUCCACAAAAAGCUAAAAAAGAAGCAUUUGAAGUGUAAGGUGGCAAGCAUGCAGCUUCACUCACACUUCCUUUUCCGGGCAUCCUUGAGUUUGCAGAAGAAGAAGAAACACAAAAGAAACAAAAGGCGCACUUUAAACACGAAGAAUCUUAGCAGAGAACACUUGUUGGACAGAGAUUGCAUUUCAGCAGAUCUGGGGCCAUCUACAUCUGAGAGUGUUGGGACUAGUUCCUUGCAUUUAAGUCAUCCUUUGAGAAAAGGCACUAAAACUACUUCAGAAAAAAGAGCUAAUGAUGUUGCUGCAAAGGGUUAUAUAUAUUCCAAUGGUGAUUGCUCAAUGGAUGUUAAAAUAGAUGGUGAAUUUAGACAGAGAAUUGAUGAGAGUGGAACCGUGCUUGCAACUGAUAAGCAAUUAGACAAGAACUCUGGCUCUAGCUCUACUUUGGUUGCAAACCAGAGGGAAGCAGUACGGUCAGAUGAUUUAAAAGAUAGCAAAAGAGAAGUAAUGCAGAAUGGUUUGAUGAGUAUGCUUACUCGAGGUCUAGAAGAGACAGUUGUUUCUUAUUGGGAUGGGAUAGAGUUGCCUCCAUGUCCGAUUGCAACAUCAAAUGAUGUGGAGAGUACCAGCAUUGGUUAUGUACUAGAUGAAUGGGAUGAGGAAUACGACAAAGGAAAGAGAAAGAAGGUAAGGCAGUCUCAGCAUAGUUUUGGUGGAAUAAAUCCUUUCCAAGCAAUUGCAACCAAGAAAACACAAUUCAAGAAGGCUAAAGUAGACCGUUCUAGUGCUGGAAAUCAACCAUUCAGGAUAUGAAGAAACUAGAUCAACGUUGAUGGAAUGUAAGCUAGACUUACAGGCUUGCCAUCAUAUUUAUUGUAGCAAUUGUUGUAUUUUUGAGUUGAAAUUUCAAGGAGGGAGAGUGCUAGAAUUGAUCUUAUUUUUUCUUUUUGGGUUUUUGUUUGUUGGGAAGGAGAGUUGGGGAUUCUACAUUUAACCUAUUCCUGUUAGAACAAUUGUAUCUGUUGGAAGAACUCUAUUAGCUGAACAAAUUCUUAUGUUUAAGAAGUGAAUUAAGUUUUUUUUUUCUUGUU